AUAAAAUAUUAUUUUGGAGAGUGGAGUGUUCACUAUUUACUAUUUAGCACUUUGUGGCGGGAGGUGAGCAGAUCGUCGGUUGACAGAAGCGGCGGCCAGCUACAUCGGAAAUGGGUUGUUUGGGGCAGCUUCCGAUUUGGGCAUCGAAGCCUUGUAUCAUGGGUAUUGACGAAGCUGGUCGCGGUCCUGUUUUAGGGCCAAUGGUCUAUGGAUGCCUGUAUUGUGCACGCUCAUACCAGAAGACUCUUUCCACUUUACAGUUUGCAGACUCGAAGACUUUGAAAGAAGAGAAGAGGGAAGAACUAUUCGAGGAAUUAAAGACAAAUGAAUCCAUCGGAUGGGCUGUUGAUGUGAUAGAUCCUAGAGAUCUCUCAGCCAAAAUGUUAAAGAAAAACAAAAUAAAUCUUAAUGAAAUAUCACAUAAUUCUGCCAUUGGCCUCGUGAGGAAGACACUGGAUCUUGGUGUUCUUUUAACUGAGGUUUAUGUGGAUACUGUUGGUGAUCCUGAAAAGUAUAGAGUGAAGCUAUCAGAAUUAUUUCCAGCAAUCAAAUUUGUUGUUGCAAAAAAAGCUGACAGUCUUUACCCUGUCGUAAGUGGAGCCAGUAUUGUUGCAAAGGUUACUAGGGACCGAGCCUUGCGGGAUUGGGUACUUGAUGAAACUGCUGAGAACAUGCAAAGGAACUUCGGAUCUGGAUAUCCUGGAGAUCCUGAGACAAAAGCUUGGCUGGAUCAUCACAAACACACAGUUUUUGGGUUCCCAACCUUGGUCCGUUUCAGCUGGGGAACGUGUAAUGCAUACUUCAAGGAUAGUGUCGAAGUAGUAUGGGAAUCUGAUGCCAAUGACGAAGAUGAAUCCAACGGAAGAGCAAGUAAGCGGCAGGUGAAGCUAACUAGUAUUGGUUUCACAGGUGUAAAGAGGAAAAGUGAAGAUAUUGAGUCAAAUGGGAAAGGCCGUUGCAAAUUCUUCCAAGCUCGUAAACUUGAGCUUCUCUCACAGUUCUGAAGGAACCAAUCCACAUUUACUGAUAGAAUGAGAAAUGUUGCUUCAAAACGAAUUCAUGACAUUAGCUAGAAUAGUGGAAUUGGUUCCCUUAGACCAUCCUUUCAGGAUGGUGAUUAGAUUAGUUAGUUAUAUACCUGCUAGCUGAUUGAAAAAAUGUUUACCAGAUUUGUAAUGCGAUUAAUGUGAUCUUUUAAGGUUUAUCCAUACAUGUUCUCCCUGGCUCCCACAGUUUUUGUACUUGUAGCAACUGGAUAAAAGGGACUAGGGACGUCUCGUUUUCAUGCAAUCAAUUAAAUUAUGAGUUAUUUCAUGUGUGCCAA